AUGGUUGCAGAGGAAGUGAUAAUUACAUUGUCCGGUGGAGCGCCAUGGGGCUUUCGUCUCCAGGGAGGUGUGGAACAUCAGAAACCGCUGCAGGUGGCUAAGGUGCGUAAACGCAGCAAAGCAUGCAGGGCUGGGCUUCAGGAGGCCGAUGAACUGAUGUCCAUAAAUGAACAGCCAUGUGGAACACUGUCCCAUGCCCAGGCCAUGGACCUGAUCGACAGCUCCCCUGGGAUAUUACACAUCCGGGUCAAAAGGGUGCCUGCUGGUUUUCAGUCCGUGGUACUUGUGACCCGUGCCCCAUCUCCCCGUAUAGACAAAGAGUACCGUGCUGCUCUGCGGGCCAUGUCACCCACCCACCCCCAUCACGCACCCGUCCGUGAAGUCCACCGUAGCCGCUCCUCCAUAACCAGUGGAUUGACAUCUCCACCUGGCAGUGAGGCUUACUAUGGAGAGACUGACAGUGAUGCAGAUGUGGCGGGCUAUGAGAGGCAGCGCCGACAGAAACGCCGGAGCCCCAGCAACUCCACUCCAGGGAAACCGACGGGACGAGCCUCUCCAGAAGGCGGGGAGACAUCAGAGAUGAGUGGCUAUGACAGCGCUCCAGAUGCACAUGUUUACCCCAGUUUGCUAGAUGGACGUGGGGGAGAUGGAGAUGGAGGAGGGGGCCUACCGGGGGUAGCACGGAGGGAGGUGAUUUACCAGCCUCCUGCUCCAGGAAUGUGGUCCUCCCAGACAUCCACUGAGACCUCCUCCAUCAUCUCCUCAGCAGAUGACCAGGGGCCACGGGAUGGAGGGCAAGAGGAGGAUAGUGGCUUUCUAGAGCCAGCCAACGUGCCACUGGUAUCCCCUGAGAGAGCAAAGGAGGCCCUGAUGUUGGGCUCCCGCAGCCAGCUCAUACCCAUGGUUGGUCCUGUGAAUAACCCGGUCGAUGAGGAGCUUACAACGACCUACAUGGAAAAGGCCAAACAAGCCAAACUGAACCGAGGGGAUACUCAGCAAGACAAGAAUGUAAAGGAAGCCAAAAGCAAGUGUCGAACAAUUGCGUCACUACUGACUGAUGCUCCCAAUCCUCACUCCAAGGGGGUGCUGAUGUUCAAGAAGAGGCGGCAGCGCUCCAAGAAGUACACCCUCACUAGUUUUGGUAGUGUGGAUGAGGACAGGUGUCAGGACUCACAAGAGGAUGAGGAUGGGGUAUUCCCAGGUAGCGAAUCAGAGUUUGAUGAGGAUGGCUUUUCUUCAGUUCCUGACCCAACUUGGGAUAGUGACUACUUGGAUAUGCUGGAGAAGAGGGCAACUGCAGGCACUGAAGGUCGUGGGGAUGGGGCAGAGGAUGCUCCAAGUCCAGGGUUGAGUGACACUGCAGGCAAGGGUGCCCAGUUGUUUGAGCAGCAGAGGAAAAGGGCUGCUGAGCAUGCCAAGAAAGUAGAGGCAGCACAACCUCAGGCUCCUCCACAGUCUCAAGUCCAGGGGCAGGCUCAGAUGUAUCAGAUGCAUCCAGAGACACAACCACAGAUGCAGCCAAACCAGCCUCAGCAGAUGACACCUUCUACCCCCAUAGCCAUGCAGCAAGAGCUGCCUCCUGCUCCAGGUCCUAUUGGAAUGUCUAAUGGAGACCUAUCCUGCUCUGCAGUUAGUACAGCAAGCAUGAUGAUGUCACCUCCGCCUGUGGCACUCAAACCAGCCACUGCUUCAGUAAGUGUUCUGACCAGACCUGCACCUCCACCUGAGACACCAUUACCAGAACUACCUGCCAGUAAUGUUCUCAACAGAACGGCACGUCCUUUUACUCCUGGCUUCAUCAGCAUUCGAGCUGCAACUGCCCCUGUAACGUUCCGACCAUCUGUCACAAAGACAAGCCAGCGUCCAGCUUCAGCAGCUGUUGUGCCACCACCAUUCUCCACAGCCUCUGAACUAGGCAUGAAUGUUGCAUCAUUAACAACACAGCUAACCCCUGGUUCUCCGUCAGUAUACUCCCCACCAUCCUUUGCACCUCAAGGUCCUUUGCCCCCAACACCAGAAGCUCCUGUUACCUAUUACCCUCCAGCUAUAUCUACCUCUGUAGAGAAAAUGCAGUCAGCCCCACCGAUAACUACUGUUCAUCAGGCUCCAUUCAUGGCUGUGCCCCCAGUGUCUAUGCCCUCAAUGUCCCUUGCUCCACAAGCACCAAUGGCUCCUGCCCCAAUGCCUCAUGUAUCUCAAAUUGCUGUUUCACCUGACCCUGUAGCCCCAGUGCAUCCACUUCAAGUGCCAGUUGCACAGCCACCUCCACCUCAAUUUUCCAAUGUGCCUGUAGCUACAGUUUCAGUGGUCUCUCAGUCAGAAGCUGUAGCUCCAACCCCUGUUCCUGGUCAAUCAGGUCGCACAGGAAUCUUACAUGAUGCCCGACGGCGUGCUGGCAAACCCAAACCUAUGUUCGUUGUACCAGAUGUCAAGAAGAACUCCCCCAAUCCAGAGCUAUUGAGUAUGGUGCAGAACCUGGAUGACAGGUCCAUCCGACCCAAAUAUGGCCAGCCACCGCCUGAGGCCUUCUAUGAUGAGGUAGAAGAGGAGAGGAGUGGUGAGGCCCCCCUGGCGAGAGGGCCUCCUCCAGUGGCACCCAAGCCUCGGGUUAUCCAUGAGACCCCACAGUUUCUUCAAGCAGGGGGUAAGGGUGCACAGCUGUUUGCCCGUAGACAGAGCCGCAUGGGUAUGUAUGUAGUAGACACCCCACCUGAGACCCCUUACCAGCAGGAAGUGGCCUCACACGGUGUAGCCCAAACUCUUGACUCCUCCCUCAAUCCUUCCCAUCCCUCUCAUUGGAAAUACUCCCCCAAUGUCCGAGCUCCUCCACCCAUUGGGUACAACCCACUCCUGGCCCCCUCUAUCCCUACUGGGCCUCAGAGGAAUACAGGCAAGCCAGAAAGCAGAGGUAGAGGAGGUACCCAAAGAGAGGGCAUCAAAGCUCUUGAUUUCAUGAGAAGGCAGCCCUAUCAGCUCAACUCUGCCAUGUUCAACUAUGGAGGUAGUGUUGCUAAUCUGUCAUCCAUGCCUUCUUACCAGGCCCAGAGGCAGCAGCAGGGUGACUACACAAUGAUUGGAAGCUCAUUAAUUUCACCUAAACAGAUCCCCAUCAAAACAGCCCGGGUCUUCGAGGUCAAGCGAUUCUCCACACCAACACCCAUGUCAGCUCCCACUCUGACGCCCAAGGUCAUUGCACCUCGCUCGGCCACUACCCUUGGAGAACGUUUGACUCAUUCCGGCAUGAUCUCUCCACCUCCUGCUGAUUUCACUUCAACCCCAGCCCCUUUCUUAGGUCCAGCCCAAGUCAGUGCCCCAACACCAGUUUCACCUCCCUCCCAAUCAGCUGGACUACCCAGCCUCCCAAGAUUCUCUGCCGCCCCUAUUCCACACCCUGUGCCCCCUUCAGUCCCUAAACCUUACACUCCAGUAUCAUACACUACUGGGCUCCAGCAAGCCAAGCAGUUCCAGAGCGCUCCUGAGCUCAGUAUCAUUGCCUCUUUGCCCCCAGUCAAGACGGACACAGUUCAGGCACCAAAACCACGUUUUGUAGCCACCAAGGGAGGUGUUCAGCCCCGUGUCUGGAGGCCAGGGGCAAUGUGA